AGAAAUUGACGCCAGAAACCACUGCGAGUACGCUCUGGCUCUGGAUUUCUGGUAAGUUUCUAUCAAGCCAGCCUGAAGAAUCUCAGUAGAUUAUCCAUCCUUUUUCGAUCAAUGUUACGUGUUUUCUGCAAAACUCUGCUUAUAACAAAAUCUAAAGAUUCUAAGAGUAGACAUGCUCUUUUUCUACGAACAAUAGCAUCCAUAGAAUCAACCUCAGGAAACUUGGGCUCCAUAGACCAAAAUGAUCUAACCAUCUCUUACCUCAUGAAUUUAUGUGGAUUGCCUCUCAAAGCCGCUACUUCAAUGGCACAGAAGAUUCGCAUCGAGACCACAGAGAGACCGGACUCAGUCAUUGAGCUCUUACAAACAAAUGGAUUCACCAACACCCACAUUGCUAAUCUGAUAACUUCGUUCCCGCGGCUGCUUUUCGCCGAUCCCAUCAAAACCCUUAAACCCAAGAUCGAGUUCUUUCAAUCUCUAGGCUUUUCAAGAUCUCACCUUGCUUUGUUCCUCUCCUCAGACCAAACCAUCCUGAGAAGAAGCUUGCAAAAGAAAAUAAUCCCAACCUUAAAUAUCCUCAAAACCUUCGUCCAUACCAACGAGAACCUCAUCAGUGCUCUCAAGCAAUCCAACCGCAUCCUUGGUUGUAGCAUUAAGAGAAUUUUGGAGCCUAACAUUGCAACCUUGCGAAGGUUCCGUGUACCCGAUUCCAGUAUUUCGAGAAUGAUCAUCCACCAACCCAAGCUACUGACGCUGAGUGUUUGGCGGUUGAAGGAUGUUGCUGCAGUGGUGAAUAAUAUGGGUUUUGAUCCCAAUCGUUGUUCAUUCAUUAUAGCCAUUUUCUCUAUAUCGGUGAUGAGCAAACAGAAGUGGGAAAGGAAAAGGGAGGCCUUUCGGAGCUUUGGAUGGUCUGAUGACGAAUUUCUUUUGGCCUUUAAGUUACAGCCUAUGAUCAUGCUCACUUCAGAGAAGAAGCUCGUGAAACUUAUGGAUUUCUUUGUUAACAACCUGCAUUUGAAGCCAUCAGAUGUUGUGAGAAGUCCGAGCCUUUUCUUAUUAAGUUUGGAAAAGAGAAUCAUUCCGAGGUGUUCAGUGCUGCAAGUUCUUAUGUCCAAGGGCCUUAUUGAGAAGGAUGUGAAUAUAUUUUCAGCUUUAAUUUGUAAUAAACAGAGUUUUGAGAAGAGGUUUGUUACUAGAUAUGAGGGGGAAGCCCCUGAGUUGAUCAAGGCAUACGAAGGUGAGUUGGGAUUUCUAGGAUUUGACAGUUUUGAUACUGGUGUUGAAGAUGGUGAAAGAAUUAAGCAAAUAAAUUAA